CUGUGAUCCAGUGGGAAGCAGUAUAGGAGGGGAGAGGUGGUGCUUGCAUGCUAUGGGAGGGAGGGCAUAGGGGGUUUAACCAGAGACAGCCUGGUGUCUUGAUAUUAGAAUCAGCGGUAGAUCUGACUGGCCCAGCCAUGGUAAGUCAUUUUAUCUAUUCUACUCAGAAUAUCUACUUUGUAUCAAUGGCAGUGUAUCUAAUUAUACAAAGAGCACAAUCAUUUCACAAAUGACAAUGACAGCAUGCAGACACACUGUCAGAUCACCGGCACAAACAGUGCCAACAGACCCACAUUGCUGGCAUCCCUGGGGACCUGUGCCCAUAUUCAGUCCAACUCAAUUAACCCCAUUCACUGCCAGCAUCUCAUUACAUACAGACAUGCAGGAGUAGUGGAUUAAAGGUUUGUGGGGAGCAAAAUCUAUUUUUGGACUUCUCUGAGUACAAAUAAUAAUGCAUAACAUGUAAAUGUAUUAUUUAGACUGCCAAGCAAUGAUUUACUGUAAGUGUGUGCAAAACAUCAAAUACUAUCCAUAUUACAUGCACAUGUAAUGAAAUAUUGCUGCAUAGUACACACUGCAAAUCAAAUGUUAUUUAUUUAUUAUUUUUGGACAUUAUUUCCACAUUUUAUAUAUUUGCAUAGGUUCCACCACUCAGAGCAACAAUGUUGCAAAUUAGUAAUGAAAUAUUCCAAGUCUCUGCUGAUUGCUGCCAUUGGGCUGUACGUUAGUAUGAGGUGGUGUCAGACCAUGGGCGGGGUACAGGCUGGGGAUAGUUUAACUCAGAAAAGGGAUUGGACAAGGAUGGAAAAGGAUUCUGGGAAAUAAAACACCAAAGGGGGUUGUGCAAUAUGUGCAUUGCUGGUGCAAGGUUCUUAAUGGGGCUGUCGCCAUGGAAACCAAUGGAAUGCGUGCCCAGGAAUUCUCAUUGUGUCCAUUCAGCAUUAAUAAAGUCAUGUUAAUUCUUAUUCCAGAAAUGUUACUGAACAUGGAAGUAGGAAAUGAAUAAAAAGUGUGAAUAAACACAUAUUGUGCAGCUGUGUACCCUACAGCCACACUGAAUUGAAUUAGCCAAUCAGACACCGUCAUCAAAAUUAAUUGGUGUCCACCUCUUUCUAUAAUCCAUCAUUUAGGUGCAUUUUCCAGAUAUUUGCUAUUCCCUCCAGAUAGUCAAUGACUAAAGAGCUUACACUCUAGUGCAGACAUUUGCUUUGCAUUUUAAUUCCAGAUGCACAGUGGGGUUUACUUACUAAAUAAGACAACAGUUCAUUUAGAAACAUUGUUUCCCAGCACCACAUUGGUAGGGCUUAAUGUUUACAGACAGGAUGUUGGUUAGCUCAGUGGAGAAAAACUCAAGAGGCAGCUUCAUGAGAGACGUGUUUUUUUAUGUGUGUGUUGGGCAGUGAGUGUUCCUUUAAGCUACAGUAGAUGCAGAGUAAAUAAACCUCUGGCUUGUGGCAAACUGCAUCUCUUGUAUUAGUCUCAGUCAAACUUUCCUGGUUGAAGUACUUCAAUAUGUGUUUUGAACCACAGUUAAUAGAGUCGUAAUAAUACAUUUUAUUCUCUGCAUUCCCCUUUUCAGGACUCUGGUGUGAUCGUAGCCCUAGCUGCAGUUGGGAUAACAGUGCUAAUCUUCCUGAUUAAAGCAUUAGGAUCUCAAGGCAAUAAAAAGUUAAUUACGCUUCUGGAUCCCAAUGUCAAGUAUCCACUACCUCUUAUUGACAAACAGGUAAAUUUUUUCCCAACAUGUUUCUUAUAAAUUUAAUGUGAUAGAAAAAUAAAUGUCCUAAUUUUUCUUUUUUAUUAUUGUGCAGGAAAUUAGCCACGACACUAAACGAUUCCGAUUUGGUCUCCCUUCAUCGGAGCAUAUUUUGGGUCUCCCCAUAGGUAAUACCGGAUAUCAUGGGAAUAAAAUAUUUUUGGGCAUAACUUAUCAAUUGAGGUUUGUUGUCAUUUUCUAUCAGUGGAUUUCAUUAUUACUAUUUGGGGAGUUUUCGUUGACUUUCUUUAACUUGAACAUUAACUGAAAAUAUUUUAUAUAAAUAUUAUUAUUUUUUUUUUUUUUUUAAAUGAGGUGACCUUAAGCUGCCGCCAAAGGGUUAGGGCCAAUGAUUUCCCCUGGCCACAUUCAAGAACCCAAAGUGGAGAAUGAAGGGAGGUCCCUAGACUGGUAACUUUCCUAGGUUCUUGUUGGACCUUAUUUUUAUUUAUUUUUUUAUACUGAAAAUACUAAAAAAGACAAAGUAUACAUCCUAUAUGAUGAUGGAUAGAUUUCUUUGCCCUCUCAUGACAAAGCUACUCCGAGAUUUAACACAGUACAGUCAGACAAUGCUACAAUGUAAGACAUGUUUUAGCUAUUUUGCUUUAGUAAUCCAUUUUGAAGUUUAUUUGUGCUAAUUUAAUCUUGUCUAUCCCCAGGACAACAUGUCUAUCUCUCUGCAAAGGUCAAUGGGUCCCUGGUGGUCCGGGCAUACACCCCUGUGUCUAGCGAUGAAGUUAAAGGCCAUGUUGACUUGGUUGUGAAGGUAAAAUUAAUAAUUGAUAGCUUCCAGAAAUGUUUGUUUAUUAUUUAACUGUUUUGUGAUGUCCUAGAUGUACUAAACACGUAUUUUGAAUUAAAAAUAUUUUAAUAGAAACACUGGAAUGAAAAACACUAUGGGCAUGGAACAAUUCAAAAACCAAACCACACGCACAUUUCGAGGAACUAUAAACAUGUUGUGCUCUAUGUGGUCUUUCCUCUGGGAAGAUAAGACACUGAAGGUCUCUGUGAGCGGAUGUGACCAAAAGGCCAAAGACUCACUACUUCAACCUGGAGCAGUACCUUUUGGACUAAACCCCCGCAGUGGCAUUUCCAGUGUGCAGGAACAAAUUGAUUGUGCUCAUGCAUUGUGUACACUGUACAGUGAAAGAAUCAAAUUAAAUCAGAUGAGCUAUGGGUCAUCUACUGUAGAUCAUCUGAAGUUCCAAAGUUAGCUAUUAAUAAUAUUAAAGGGACACUAAAGGCACCUCAUUGAAGUGGUCUGGGUGCCGUGUCCCUGUCUGUUUAACUCUGCAUUGUAAACUAUUGCAGUUUUUGAGAAACUACAAUGUUUACAUUGCAGAGUUAGGUCUCAGAGGCACUAGCUGGCACCUAACAGAGUUUUGCUCCAUGAAACAAUGUUGAACGUCCUCACGCUUUGCCUGAGAGUGUCUAAUGUCUUCAAACCAAUUUAUUGGUUUAAUGCUUUCCUAUGGUGAAGCUUUAAUGCGCUCAUUGCGAGUGCUGUACAUGCGCAUUAUUUUCCACAAUAGCCGUGACAUUGCAGGAGGAGGAGACCUAAUGAACACAGAGGUAGCCUUAAAGCUGAAAUUAAGGUAAGUAAAAAAAAAAAAAAAAAAAGGGGGGGGUUUAACCCUUUACAUGUUGAACGGUGAAUGGGGACCUAAUAAUCUCCCUCAGCUGGAUCUUUCCCACCACUCCUCCUUGCUGGAGUGCGAGGGUAAUCUAAAAGGAGAUCAGGGCGCUGUGCUACUGUCUGUUACCAGCAUUCUGUGUGUGCUGACAUAAAAUACCAACUUUUCACAGAAUUGACAUGAUCUAACCCAGAACUCUUGGCUACCAAAGCCUCCAGGACCAGAUGGGUUAAAUUUUCUAUGUGCAACGUUUCAAAGCACAACGCUGCAUAUACAGUUUGCAGGCACCAUCACCACUUCAAAGCACUGCUAGACGUGACCAUUUAAAUCCCUUAGAGACAUACAAAUGAGAUUCGCUGUCAUUUUAUCCUCAGACAGCCACUGGUCCACUGUUGCCCUCCUUACCCAAUUUAAUAAAUAGGAUGAAUUAUGUAUACAGAAAAUAUAGAUAUAUAUCUCUGUUGAAAACCUUAGAAUAAAAUAGCAACAAUAUUGAUAACUAAAUAAUUUAACACACUUACACAAAGUACAAUAUAGUCAUUCUUUGUAUUUUCAGUAAAGACGUGUUUCUACAAAUUCUGUAUAUGUACUUCAUCCUGUUUAUUUAAACUAAUAGUAGACUGCAGCCGCAGCCCAGUGUUUGGCUGAGCAUGAUGUGAAUGAACAACAAAAUGUUACUGGUUUACCAUACACUAGCAAUGCUAUUCACUAAAGCCUGCAUUAUUUAGGCUCCAACUCCCCCAACUGUAAAACUCACGGUCAGUCCCAAUAAUUCACAGUUUAUUGAAUAUCCCUGUUAAUAGCUACAAGUAACCUCACUGGAGAUAUUAUUUCAGUUUCUAUUACCCUUUGGACUGGUGACUGAAGAUGAAUAUAUGUUGAAGGACAUUCUGAGUAUAAAUUAAACAGGAAGGACUUUGUUCUAGUGCUAUAUAAUGCAGAUUAUGGGAUUUCUGUCCCAUAGAUGACACUGCAUUAAAUUAAAACAUCGAUCAGUGUUGUUAUAUUAUAUAAAGCAAAUCAAUGAAUAUUGUAGAGUUUUCAGAGGACCUUGCACACGCACUUUCUUUUCUGGGAGUUCUCCCACUGAGGUGCUCCAAAACAGGGAGGGGAACAAAAAAGUAGGUGACAAAGGCUCAGGCGAGCCGAAACGUUGUCUACAUUUUUGUACUCCACAAUAAAAUCUACCUGCUGAACGACACUGCUGGGUGUUCCCAAACCUACUUUUUUUGUUCCCCAAAUAUACAAAUUGCUCAAAUUCUACCACGGCUCAUAAAACCAACAGUCCUUUGUGUAAUUUGACAAGCUGUCGGUUUUUGCAAUGAUGUAUAGCACCUCUGUUUUAUAGUAUAUUACACACUGCGUGUUUGUUCCUUUUUAUUUAAUAAUUGGAGAAAUUGUUAUGAUAGAUUUUUCUUUGAGCACCAAAUGUCCUUCAGCAAAUAUCUUUUUUUUUUUUAUGUAUGUUAACUAAAUGUUUUAUAAAUUUAACAAAGAUAUUGAACAUGACUUGAUGUUGAAUUUUAGGCAAUUACCCAUCCGGUUCAUGUUUGUUUAUAUUUUUUUCUACAGGUUUAUUACAAAAAUGUGAACCCUAAAUUCCCAGAUGGAGGAAAAAUGUCUCAGUAUUUGGACAGUUUGAAAAUAGGAGAUACCAUUGAUUUCCGGGGUCCAAAUGGUCUUCUUGUCUACAAAGGGAAAGGUAUCUAAAUGAAUCAGCAUAUCAAAUGAUGCAUAAAAAGAGAUGAUGCUAAGUUUGGAUCGGCAUUUGGGAAUUGUUUUGCCAAAUAUGUUGCCAUGUAUAGUGGAACUUUUUCUAAAGCAGAUAAUUGAGACCAUUUUCUGUAAGUAACUGAUUAACGUAGCAACAUUGUUUUAACAUAAAGAGGAGAGACCUAACUUUUUACAACAACAAAAGUGCUAAGGAGUUUCUAAGGCGUCUUUGUUGUUUUCACAUUUUUACCGAUGCAUUUCACUCCUAAACUCAAAUGGUUACCGGGGAAUGGGAGUCCCAAUUCAUAGUAAAUAGACUAAGCAGUAACUAUGUUAUAUGUCAAUGGAAAAUCACAACAUGACUAAUUUUAUGGUUCUGAGUCUAAAGAAUAUCUCCUCCUCAGCUGGAGCUUAGGAUCUCCGUGCCCACUUAACCUAAUGUAUGUGUAUAAAUAAAUAAAAAUAUAUAUAUAAGCUGUCACUGAAAUCUUCUCCUUUGCCAAAGGGGAAAAAAAAACCAACAAAAAUAUAAAACAUUUAAAAAAAAAAAAAAAGACAAACUGCACACAUAUCUAAAAAUAGCAGGAUUCUCCAAAAUUGGAGAGAUUCUUGAUGUGAAUUGAUAUGCCCCUGCUGUAGAAAGAAAGAAUAGCUAUUGCUCAUAACAGGGAACCUCUCAGUAAGACCGGGACUAAGCCCAGGCGAGUACUAAAACAUUUAUUUACUAUGUUUUCACAGAGAUUACAUUCUCCAGCUAAGUCUCUGAUGAAAGAAAUCACUCAUUGGAUCUAUUUAUACUGAUUAUAGCCUGUAGGUGAUAUAGAAAGGCUCAUGUUUUUGGGCAGCUCUUGACUAUAUUUUUUGCUUUCUUGUCCAAAAACGUACUUACAUUUUCUCACUCCGACCCUGAUAUAUCUGAAAACUUUAAACAUAGAAACAUAGAAUGUGACGGCAGAUAAGAACCAUUCGGCCCAUCUAGUCUGCCCAAUUUUCUAAAUACUUUCAUUAGUCCCUGGCCUUAUCUUAUAGUUAGGAUAGCCUUAUGCCUAUCCCACGCAUGCUUAAACUCCUUUACUGUGUUAACCUCUACCACUUCAGCUGGAAGGCUAUUCCAUGCAUCCACUACCCUCUCAGUAAAGUAAUACUUCCUGAUAUUAUUUUUAAACCUUUGUCCCUCUAAUUUAAGACUAUGUCCUCUUGUUGUGGUAGUUUUUCUUCUUUUAAAUAUAGUUUCCUCCUUUACUUUGUGACAGAUGUGCCUUUUUGAAGCCUAAUAUUACCUUUAGCAAAUAGAAAUCGUGUCCUUCCUAAUGAUCAUCUGUUUCCUUCAGGCAAAUUUGCCAUCAGACCAGAUAAGAAGUCUGAACCCCAGAUUAAAUACACGAAACAUAUUGGGAUGCUUGCAGGUGGAACAGGUAAGUGUUCUUCUCAGUGGAUGGACAUUAUCUUUAUUUAGACAUAGGGGUGGUUUAUCUGUGCUGUUUUAAGUAAAUAACCAUUGCAUCUCAAUUUUUGAGAAUUUGUGGGAUGGGGCCUUUUAGAAUUUUUUUCCGGGAGCUUUGGUGUAUUUUCAUAUCCAAUUAUCCAAUUGUUCUGGGUUACAUUGUAGCAAUGGUAGCUUCACAAAGCCGUGAUUUUUGUUUUCUGUUUUAUUGCAAAGUAAAAAAACUGUUAGUACAUAAUGAACAUUUUGUUCCACAUCUGUACAUAUAUGUAUUGUGUAAUAUUUAAUGUCAUGCUAAUAAUGAGUCCAAAGCUUAUAUUGGGCCAAACAGCCACAAAAUGUGUACAGCACAAGAACUGCUUCAGAUACAUUCUAACAUGCUGUCUUAAUAGUGUUUGAACAAAAUCAGUCAAAAAAGGGUACAUUAAAUGGUAUACUUGUCCGUACUCUGCCAAUCCAUACAUGACUAAACAUGCCUUAGUGCAUAGCUCACUCUGUGCAUUAUGGGGUAUUGUGCUUGGCAUUGUGGGUACAUGACCACACAAUCCAUUAUUGCCAUGUACACCUCUGUGUUUACAUCAUACAUGUAAAAUUAACACUCUUAAAGAUGUAAGCCACGUUUAAAGCAAUAUACAUAUAGUGUCAAAAUGCUCUCAAAUAUCUUAACAAAGGAAAUGUACCUUUUAGUCACAGAUUUGUGAUCAUUUAUUUGUUUAUUGUAUUUAAUUCAAUUAAGCUCAGACAUCUAAGAUGAAGAACUAAAUAAUUUUUCUGUGAAUUCAAUGCUGAUGCAGGUAUUACUCCGAUGCUGCAGUUGAUACGUCACAUUACCCAGGAUCCUAGUGAUGACACGAAGUGCUACCUCAUUUUCGCUAAUCAGGUAAUAGAUCUCCGCAGCACUUAUCGAAAUGCCAACUGAAAUGUAUGUUUCUUGCACUGUGCUAAACUAACAAUGCUCAGUGUCAACGAAUUCUAAUUUGCAGCCAGAAUGGGUUGUUUUCCAUCAAAUUGAUUAUUUUUGUAAAUUGCAAAAAUAAAAAAUGUCAAGCUCUGCAAAUUUUUGCAAUACAAAUCUUUUGAAAUUCAUUUUUCAAAUUACUAUGACAACUUCAAAUAUGCUUGGUGUCUCACACAGUUCCUAGCAUUUCCUUAACAUUUCACUACAAUUUUUUUUUAACUUCUUGUAUUUUAAAUCUUCCUGUGUUUAUUCAGUGCAUUAUAGUGUUUCUGUCCAAGAUUAAUUGGUCAUUUAUGUUCUUUGCACAGACUGAAGAAGACAUUCUGUUGCGUCCAGAAUUGGAAACUGUUGCCAAGAAUCACCCUGACCAAUUUAAGCUUUGGUACACCUUGGAUCGGCCACCUACUGGUAAGAUUUUAUACAAUGAAAAGGAUAAGUGUUCAACUCUUUACAAGAUAUAGCCGAGGCAUUCCCAAGUGAUUCCCAAUCCAUUGGCAUCAGUACCCUCUGCCCCCCAAGUUACAGCACACUGCUGGCCCCGACAGUGGCUACAACCUCUAAUGUAUAAUCUAAUGUGUAUUGCUUUGUGGUAUGGAACACCCCAUAAAAUUAUAUUCUGUAUAUCCGGAGUCACCUUGCUUUGCCCUCAAAUUUAUGUGUGCAUAGAAAAAUGUAUUCUCCUGCAAAACCACUUGGGAUAUUAAGCAAUGUUUAGUUAUAUUAGCUAAUUUUACAUAGUUACAUAGGCUGAAAAGAGACAAAACGUCCAUCGAGUUCAGCCAUUUUCACGUCUGUUUUUGCUGUUGAUCCAAAAAAAAGGUAAACAAAAACAGUUUGAAGAGCUUAAAAUUUUGCAACAAAUUAGGAAAAAUAAUCCUUCUUGACCCCAGAAUAGCAGUCAGAUUUAGAAGUAGCUAUUUUAAAAUUAUAGCCCUGAAUAUUAUUUUUUUCCAAGUAUGCAUCCAGUUGCUGUUUAAACAUCUGUACAGAUUCUGAUAAAACCACCUCUUCAGGCAGAGAAUUUCACAUUCUUAUUGUUCUUACUAUAAAAAAAAGAAACAUUUCCUUUGCCUUAGACUAAAUCUCCUUUCUUCCAGUUUAAACGUGUUUCCUUGUGUCCUAUGUAUAGUCCUGUUUGUGAAUAGAUUUCUAGUUGUGGAAUUACUGAUCUUCUGGAUACCUAGAAAGGCUGCUCUAAAAUACACAUUUGGUUAAGAGGUGUUUCUUUUUAACUUGAAUGUUUAUGUUAAUCCAUCGCUCCUUUUAACAGGGUGGAAAUACGGGUCAGGAUUUGUCACCGCCGAUAUGAUUAAAGCCCACCUGCCAUCUCUUUCUGACAAGGGCCUUGUGCUUAUGUGUGGUCCUCCUCCGAUGAUACAGUUUGCGUGUCAAGACAACCUGACCAAACUAGGCUACCCCGAUGACAGACGAUUUGCCUACUAGCCCAGAUAAUGCUCUUUGUUCAUCAGAACCAAAACACCCUCUGGUGUUGCCUUCCAUCAUUCCACAAAACAAUGUGACAGAAAAAAGGAUUAAUUAAGGAUAUUUUUGUUUUUUGUAAACAUUUUUUAACUCUAGUUUUUCUAUUUUUUUUAAAACAAUGAUGCUUUUCCUAUUAUUGAGAGAAGCUUAUAUUGCAAAAUCUAGAGGUGCACUUAUUGGGGUAGUUAGUUAUUUUUUUAUCCUCUGUAUUUUAGUGUUCGGAAUCCGUGCAAACAGUUUCCCCUAGUACCCCACUCUCUUACAUGGAUAUAAAGUUACUCCACAAAUAAUGCAACUGUUGCUACUUGGUUUAUUUGUUUUUAGGCUUCCGCAGAUUACCCCAGGAUUCAGAGUGAUACACAUUUGUUUUUUUUAAAAACUUUAAAACACUUUAACACCAGCCAGUACUGCCAUAUUUCUGUGCAGUUAUUUAUUUUAUUUUAUUCAUUUUUCAUCCCAAGAUAUUCCAUUUUAAAGGACCACUAUAGGCUCAAUGAAGUGUUCCGGGUGCCAGGUCCCCCAGGUUUUAACCAUGCAGCUGUAAACAUAGCAGUUCCAGAGACACUGCUAUGUUUACAUAGCAGGGUUAAUCCAACCUCUUGUGGCUGUCUUCCUGACAGCCGCUAGAGACGCUUCUGCGACGCUGAAUGUGAAAAUCGCAUUGAGCAUACAGAAUGUCCAUAGGAAAGCAUUAACUAAUGCUUUCCUAUGGGCUGUUUGAAUGCGCGCGUGGCUCUGGCCGCUGAUGCGCAUUCGGCCCCACUCGGGAGCUGACGUCGGAGGGGGAGGAGAGGUUACCAGCGCCGAGGGAGCCCGGCUCUGUAUUAAGGUAAGUGGCUGAAGGGGUUUUAACCCCUUCAGCACCAAGGGAGGAGGUCCCGUAGGUGGGGGGGACCUAAGGAUUAUAUAGUGCCAGGAAAACGAGUUUGUUUUCCUGGCACUAUAGUGGUCCUUUAAAUAAUUUUGAUAAUCUGUAAACUUUCUUACUAUCUCAAUGAAAGGUAGCCGAAAAGGAAAAAUCUGACUCCUUUGACUUGGAUAUUUAUUUCUAACUUGAUUUUAUUUACCUAAUUUUUGCUAGUUAAUGGUUAACUCUCCACCACGGACUGUUUUGUGCGUAAUUGCCUUGAACUUCGUGCCAUAAAACACACUACGAUUGUUCACUGUAAGGAAAUCCUUCUCACUAAAACCAUUUUGCAGGUUCAAUAGAACUUUUGUUCUAACUGAACUCUGAAUUUAUAAAUGGACUUAACCUUUUCGUUCCAACUGCAGUCGUUCCAAGCUGCUCUGCACUGUUUUAGAAUUAUUAUGCGGAUAUAUUUGCAUACUUUUUAAGCUGUGAACGAUGAUAACUUCUACUGGAGGUCGGGCAUUCGAGUUCAGCUCAGGAUGUUUUAUUUUUUUUUACAUUUUAUUUUAUUAUCCAAACAUCUUGUGAAUUGCUGUGACAUGUUUCUUGCUAUUGUGAUAUCAUUUCACUGUUUAAGACUUUUUGUUUUUUUUUUGCUCCUAAAGUAGGAACGCCACAUUUAUGAAAACGAAGUAUUGCGAUUAUUAGUUUCCCUAAAUUAUAUAUAUUUUCCACCUAAUUGUAAACUAUUGGUAAUGUUGAAUCUUUUAAAAGAAACUAAUUCUAGAGUGGAAACGUUUAAAUGUGAAACAAUGGGUUCUUUUUAAUACUGUCAGGGUUAUUAACUACAGUGAGACUUGCUGGGAAUUCAAUGUAAAUUCAAAGUGAAUUUCACAAGUUUCAGGCCAAAAUAGCCAAGUUAGAAAAUUUCUCCAAGUCAAUUCUGUUUUUAUCUUGGCUAUUUUGGCCUUAAAUUUGAAAUUCACUUUUAAUUCCCGGGCAAUUCUCACUUUAAAAAAACAAAACAAAAAAACACUACAUGUACAGCAAUACAUUUUAAAUGUUAGACAAAAGGAUAACUAAAAUGUGUUUUCCUUAGAUACAGUACUGUGUUCUUGCUAAUGGAGCAUUAUUAUAAAUCUGAAAAAAAUGCCACCUUGUGGUCAAAAAACAUUAUUACACUGAAAAGGACUAUAAAACGGUCCUGAGGAAUAUAUUGAUUAUUAUUAUUUUUUUUUUUUCAGGUACAUUAAACAUUUGUGAUUCUUCGCAAAAACUUCUUCAAAUUUUUGCUAAAAGAAAAAAAUCUCAACAGCACAACUAAGACUAAAAUAGCCAAGGUGUGGCUAUAGCUGAGACAGAGUUUCUUCAAAUUAGCUAUUCAUUCAAGUUUAAUUUUCUAAAGAUUUGUGUUUGCUAAAUAACCCUACUUGUGUAGAAUGUGCAGUCUGCUAGCGGUUUAAACAGCACAUUCAUUGUAGUAUGACUAUAUAACACACAUACACAGUCUGUGCCCCGACUUUGCCUUUUAUACAUAACAAACAUUAUGUUCAAUAAACAUGACAAACAAUAUCAAACUCUGGAUUCUCUGAAUAAGAGAUAUAACAGCAUGUAAGAGCUUACAGUCUAGAUAACAUGUCAUUGUGUGCUCAUUGAAGUGUGGCCCUCAAUCUAUUCUUUUUUGUUAAUACCUUUUAUAGUUUGCAAUUGCAGUGUUGGGGUAUAAAAGAAAACCAGAAUAUGUUGGCGCUAUAGAAAUACCAAUAAUGAUAAUUCCAAUUAGUUAAAAUGUAAUUGUAUGCAAUCCAUGUUGAAGUGAAUACAAUAUUUUAUGAUAUAGAGAGCUGUGUAUGGUCUUGGCAGAGGAGAGCUACAAUGUUGCCAUAAAUAUAGAGAAAUAGUGGAGUGCUUGUUAUUAUCACCGUUAUUUGUUAUAGUUUGAAAGGAUUACUAAAUCUUACUGUUGUGAAACUCUAAUUAUGUGGUUGUAUUCAGCCUUAACAAUUCUGUCUUCUGAAUCUAGGGGGAUUUACAGUGGUGCCCAGUGUGAAACCAUUCCCUCACUUCCAGCCAUGAGUAAUCCAUCUCAGACUUUCACAUUCUGAAUUCCACCUUAUGCCGGGCAGUUCUUUUAAGCCCUGCCUGUCACAAUGCAGAAUAGAUAAGCCCUCUGCUUAAAAAAGUCCAGCAACCAUUCGCACACACCCCUCCUCCCUCCAAAAUUAUAAUUUAUUUUUUAAUUUUAUUUUGUGUCAUUUCCAGAGUGCAGAUUUUUUGUAACCUGUUUUCAGAAUCCUGGUCCUUAGUAGAUGGUGUUUUCAUUGUCGUCAUGUCAUUACAAUGUAUUUGGUGGCAUUAGAAAAUCUCUAUUUCUUACAGCAUAUCAAUUGCAGAAAAAAAACCCUAUGAAUUUAAAGUGUUUACCAAAUGUUAGGCUAACAUUAAUAUGGACAUUGAUCUCAGUAUUUAUCACAAGAUAUUGUGACUCCAAAAUCACAUUUACUGUAUUUUAGCCGAUCCGCAUGACACUGAACUGUUGGAGUUUAUAGCAGUGAGAUAGUAAAUACUUAAUGGAAUGUUCUAAUUCAGCGAUCAGUAGAAUUAGAUGCUACCUGCCUGCAAAUUCACUGAAACCCAGUCUGUACAAUAUGCAAGUAGAGUGUUAGUAAUAAAACCUAUCAAUACAAAGAGCACCUUUUAUUACCCCAGUAAUUUAAACAUUUAUUUAGGUUCUUCCAUUUAUAUUUAUUAAAUUCUAAUAACGAUGUUCAUUUAUUAUUUUAACAGGAUUUUUUGGGGACUAUAACCACUUCAUUUAAUUAAUACGCCACCCAACUGUCCUUUGUCUAACAUUUCCUCAGAGCUUUCUCAGCCUAUCAGUGCCGCCAUAGUAGGUAUGAAUUGGUAUAGACCCGCAGGGAUAGGCAACCUUCGGCACUCCAGAUGUUGCGCACUACAUCCCCCAUAAU